CUCGCCGCCCACAGGGACAGGGCUCUGCGACUCUGCCCCGCGCGUGCGGCCACAGCAGCGCCGCGCCGGCGCCGGCCACCGGGUACUACGCCGCGCAGCCGAGGCCGCCGCGGCCGAGCCGGCCAGGGCCGGCCAGGGCGCCCGCGGCCCCAGGCGCCUGCGCAGACUGCAGGGCGCCGAAGGCGCUCUGGAUGGGCAGCGAGCUCUGGCUCUGCGCCCCCUGCUGGGCCCUGCGCAAGAAGGCCAUGCAGCAGAGCGAGGCGGAGCGCCGGAGCGCCAGGAGGGCGAAGGCGACGGCGGCGGGAGGCGGCGGCCAGAAGCGGCAGCGGACAGACGCGGGCCCAGCCCGGCCUCUCAGGCCGGCCGAGAGGGCGAGGAGGACCUGCGGGAGGCGCUGCGGAGGGCGCUGCGGAGCGUAGUCGUCGAGGAGGGCUGGGAGGACGGCUGGACGGACUGGGAGGAGGAGGAGGAGGAGGAGCAGGAGGACUGGCAGGACUGGCAGGAGGAGGAGGGCUGGCAGGAGGAGGGCUGGCAGGAGGAGGGCUGGCAGGAGGGGGAUGCCGAGGGGGAGGCGGCCUGCGCGGCGGAGGCCCAGGCGCAGGCCGCGGAGGAGGGGCUGCCGCCCGGCUGGGAGGAGAGGCGCAGCCGCACCACCGGCGCCGUGUACUUUUACAGCAGGCUGACGGGGGUGUCGCAGUUCGAGAGGCCGCCGCUGCCCGACGCUGCGGCCGAGGCGGCCGAGCGGCUGUGCGCGCUGGCCCCGGGCGCGCCCGAGGCGGAGCGAGCCGCGGCCCUGCGCAACUGCACCGUGGCGAUCUCCGCGCUGGGGCGCGGGCGGCGCUGGGACGCGGCGGUGUGGCUGCUCGCGCGGGCCAGGGAGAGCCACGUCGAGCUGGACAUCAUCACGCACAAUGCCACCAUCGGCGCGUGCAAGGACGGCCACCGCUGGGAGGCCGGCCUGGGGCUCCUCCGCGACCUGCGGGGGCCCUCCGCGCCCCCCGGCGGCCUCGUCGUGGCCUACAGCGCCUUGGUGACCGCGGCGGGCCGGGCCCGCAGCUGGCGGCAGGCGGUCGCGCUCUUCGAGGAGUUCCGGGGCCUGCAGCCGCCGCCGCCGCCCAGCGUGAUCUUGUGCAGCGCCUUGCUGGACGCCUGCGAGAAGGCGCGGCGCUGGCAGGCUGCGCUGUCGUCGCUCUCGGAGGCGCUGCGGGGCAGCCUGAGGCUUGACGUGAUCUUGUUCAGCACGGCCAUCAGCGCCUGCGAGAAGGGCGGGCGCUGGCAGGCGGCUGUCCUGCUGCUGCGCGAGAUGAAGGCUGCGCAGCUGGUGCCGAACGUCAUCGCCUGCAACGCCGCCAUCUCGGCCUGCGAGAAGGGCAAGCAGUGGCUCCGCGCCAUCCGCCUCCUCGCCGAGGUCCGCGCGAGCAGGCUGAAACCCGACACGGUGAUGUACAGCGCCGCCCUGAGCGCCUGCGAGAAGGUCCAGCAGUGGGCACGCGUGUUGGGCUUGUUGGACUCGGCGCAGGCCGAGCGGCUGGUGCCGGACACGGUCAUGUACAGCGCGGCGGUGAGCGCUUGCGAGAAGGCAGGUGAGCUGCAGCGGCGACGACGACGACGACGACGACGACGAUGGCGACAGUGA